GAUAUGACAGAGUGUUUAGUUAGUUGAUGUUUGGCCAUUCGUGUUAGAUUGGUUCAGCCAAAGAUUUUGUAAAAUAGUUUUAAACAAGUCAUAAUAAUUGGUAAAUAAUUUUAUUUGUAGAGUAAUCGUAUACCUGUAGUUUUACACAAUUAAAUAUAUUACAGUGGCCAAGUAUUUAAAUACAUUUAGAAUGAUUUAUACAUAAAACUGUUCGCGAAGUGUUGACUGCAUAACUUGUUCCAAAACAUUUUUAUCAUUUGACGUGUUUCUUUAUUUAUAUAAUUUUAGACUGACGUGUGAGUUGCAUUGCUCAAAUGACAAUUAGAAACAAACUUAUCUAGAAACUUUAUUGAGAAGAUCGGUAGUGUUUAACAGACUUGGAAGUAGUGACAACAUGAAUAUAGUGUUGAGGAUGUUCAGGACGAAUGGUGUAUAUUUUCUGAUAGUGUUGUCGCAUUUGCGGUGCAGUACUUGAAUACUUUGAGGGAGUCGGUUCGGGACUCGGGGGGAGAAUGAUGGACCAGAGGUGAACAGUGAGCAGGCACCGUGGAGCACCUGGUGGGAGGCGGUGGGGCGGGCGGCCUGCUGCCCGGCGCCUCGCCCGCGCAGCACCCGCCCAACAUGCUGCAGCCCAUGGAGGAAAUGAUCCUGCCUCCUAAGAGACAAGCUGUUGUUGAUCGUUUGAGACGAAGGAUAGAAACGUAUCGUCGAAGGCAAUCAGAAUGCGUGCCGCGGUUUGACCAGUCGUUCACCGGCGCUUGUGAGCAGCAGAACCUGGAGACGACCGCGCUGCAGAAGCGGUUCAUCGAGGGUAAGGCCAAGCGCCAGGCCAAGAAGAACGAUCGCAAGCCCGACUUGCCGGCCAUAAGCGGGAACCUGCACAGCAGCGUUGUACAUGUGCAACAAAAAUUUGGAUGUGGCGAUUACGAGCCUCCUGCGAAACUGCAAUGUGGCGGUGGAGGCGGCGGAGGCGGCGUCGGAGGCGAAGCUCUCACCAAGUUUUCCGUAGAAAUUGUUCAACAAUUAGAAUUUACCACGUCUGCGGCGGACUCGCAACCUCAACAGAUCUCCACUAACGUAACAGUGAAAGCUCUCGCUAACGCCGUCAAGACCUCUAGUUCUCCACCGCUGCCACAGGCCCCGCCGCGAGUACCCACCCCGCUAGACUGCGAACGCGAAUGUAAAGCCGAGUGCAAAUCGGAAGUUGCGGACGAUGAUUUCGUAGGGCUCGAUGAGUGCGCAGCGGCGCUGGAACGGGACGCUGCCUCAGCCUUCCCAGGAUUAGCCGAUUUAAUCGGAGAAGAUGACGGUGAUGAUACUUUUGAAGAUCUCAUCACCGAAAUAUCGGAGUAUCCAGAGUUUAUGAAGGAUUUCGAUAUCGACGGAGGUAAAAUGAACGGAGGGAACAUGGGGUUGGAGCCUCCCGAGGGAGAGCCUGCGCCGCGGCCGUACGGUGGGGGAGAGAUGUCGCCGGCCGCGCAGACCCUGAAGCACAUGGCGGAGCAGCACCAGCAGGCGGCGGGCGGCGACUGGGCACGCUACCGCGGCUACGGCGGGUACCGGCCGCGGCCCGCGCCGCCGCACAUCGACCACCUGCACAUGUCACAACAGCAGCAGAUGCAUCUCACGCAGCCGCAUCAUAACCUACAGGUGUCAGCGGCGCAGCACAUGCAGGUGAGCGGAGCGGGCGGCGGCGGGCACGUGUCUGUCGCAGCCCAGCAGGGCAUGUACGCUAGCUUCCAGCACCAGGGCACGCCGUCUCCACAACACCAUCAAGGUAGCGGUUGCGACACAUACUCGGUGUCUCAGUCGCAGAGCAUCAACUUCGCGCAGGGCAUGCGCGCGCGCCCUCAAGCCCCGCAGCAACAACAACAGCAGCAACAGCAGCAGCAGCAGCAACAACAGCAAGGUGGACCGCCGCUGGGCGUAGCCGCAGCCGGCAUAUCUCGCGAGCAGCAAGCCAAGAUGCUUCAACAGCAGCAGCAGCAGAUGUUGCGCGCGCAGCAGCAACAGAUGCGCCCUCCGCCGCCGGAGUACAAGGCGCGCUUCGCGGGCGGCGGCGCGGGCAUGGGCGCGCUGGGCGGCAUGGCGGGGGCGCGCCGCCAGCCCGCGCCCGCGCCGCGCGCCUACCUGCACGCGCGCCCCUACCCGCCCGAGUGGCGACACGUCAUCAUGCAGCAGCAGGCCGCCUCGCGCCAGCAGUUCCCGCAUCACCAUCAAGGGUUCAGCAUGGGCACUAUGGGCGGGCUGACGCAGCAGCAGCAACAACAGAUGCAGCUGCAGCAGGCGCGCCUGCAGCAACAACAACUCAUGCAGCAUCAACAACAACGGGCGUCCAACCAACAACAGUCGCCGAUGUCUCAUCUUAUUAUGCAACAGAACCAGAUGAUGAAUGUGCAGGGACAGAUGCCGAAUAUACAUAUGAGCCAGUCGCAGAGCAUGUCCAUGCAGCAGAGUGGCAUGGGCGGCAUGGGAGGCCACCAGGGUAGCCCCAUGCAGAACGGACCCAUGCAGGGCCAAGGACCGAUGCAUGCGCAAAGCAAUCCCAUGCAGCAGAACUCCAUGAUGUCACAGAACGGGCCCAUGCAGAGUCAGAAUGGGAACGCUUCGCAGCACUCGUUUCCGUCUCUCCAUAACACGUCUUCCUUCACAGGACAAACGACAGACUUUAACCUUGACUUCCUCGACAACAUGCCUUCCACGGACGCCAGCAAUCUCACCGCGCAGGAGCUACUCAACUCCUUAGACAACUCGUUCUUGAACGACAUCCUUUAAAUUGUAACGACACAGAUAUUAUGUGUGUUUUAGAGUAAUAUAAUUGCUAAUUGACCCACUUUAAAGUCAAUUAGACUUUAUCAUAUUUGGGUUUUGUCUACAUAAUGUGUUUAUAUCUUCUAAAAAAUACAAAUGUACGACCAAUAUAGAACAAAUGAUGACCAAAGUUAUAACACAGGAAUUUAACACGGCCAGCGUGGAUUAUGGCCAGUAGAGCCCACUUGAACUGUUAAAGUGACCGACCGUAAGCCACUUGACGUUUUGGACCACAUCGUUUUUGUAGACUAUUUAUUAUAAAAAAUAUCAAUUUCGUAGUGUUUAUAGUUUUUACUAUUGUUAAUAAUUCCUUUGUAAAUAUUUUAAUUUUAAAAUGUUUGAAAUAUUAAACAUAAGAUAAAUAUACUACCGAUAGUCUCAGAGUAUCCUCGAAACUGACAUUAUAUUUCUUCCUAUGAUCAUUUUAUUAUAGCUGCAGAGUAGGCUAAUGUAUAUUUAUUGCAGAUUUUAUCGUAGUUCGUAAGGUGAAAAGCACAAAAGACAAUAUUUUAUUUACUUUAAUGAAUUUAUUUAUGAAAACAAAUGGGGCAAUAGAUCGACUACCAUGUUAUAACAUGGCUAACUCAUUUUCGAUGUGACCGGUCGCGACAAUUUUAGCGCGUAAACAGUUGAUGGUCAACGGCGACUCGUUGCGUAUGUUCACGCUUAGGAAACAACUAAUUGCAGCGAGUUCGGCGCGGUUGCAAUACCCACCAGUCAUUUCCGAUGUCCGCCUGUGCACAACACCAGUGUUGCGUGUUCGAUACCAAAACGUGGCCGAUCACCUCGACUGUCGCAUUACACAACUUUAUUUUAUUAUUUUAUUUAUGUCGUCUGCUAGAUUUCGGCCAGUGUGCGCCUUUCCUAAUAAUACAUUAUAUUUAUCCUGGCUGAGCUUUAGAUGUCCCUGUUUAUUAGAUCGUUUUAGUCAACAUCGUAUCUCCCAGCUCAUUGUCAGAUUUGGAGGCAGCCCAAUUAUUUAAAUAGUGCAAAAUGUAAAUUUUUUAUAUACUAAGAAUAUAAUAAUAAGAUCAUUCCUGUACCUAAGAUGAUUGUAGAUUAUACUGUGAUGUCGGUCUCAAUGGUCAAUAGAUUAUAAAUAAUAUCAAUUAUUAUAAAUAGAUUAUUGUUAUUGUUAAGGAUCUCAUGGUAUCAUUUUAGUUUGGGGGUUUUGAGAGAUUCUGGAAUUAUUAGAUUGUUGGUUUCGUUAUUAUUUACUAUUUCAACGAAUGUGUAGCAUAUUCUUGUAUCAAGUGCAUUUUCUUUAUAUUAUUUUUAUGUAUUUGAGGAUGCAUAUUCACCCAUUUCGUUAUUUUAUAGUAGUGUAAAUACAAACCGUUGUUAAACAACUUUAGGAAAUUUUGAUCAAUUUAUAUCCGAUGUGGGUAUGAAAUUAAAUAAAUCAUUAUGUAUAAACAAUCGCAGCCGAUAAAGGUUUAGCUCUCUGACAUAGUUUACAGCUGUAAAACCAACUAUUGUGAAUGAUAGCAACAUUCCAGAGCCAUUGUUAAUAAUGUUUUAACUUUAGGACCAAUUUUUGAACGUUCUUUUGAAAAUAAUAUUGCAUAUUGAG